AUGCUAUUCGCUCAGACUGUAGCACGCGACGACAGCGGAAGAUUCGUUGUUACCUUGCCGAAAAGAGAGUUCAUCUUUCAACAGAUCGGUGAUUCAAAAGACAUAGCUAUGCGUCGAUUUGCGGGGUUAGAAAGGCGGUUUCAGUCGAAUUCCGAGUUGAGGUUGAGCUACACUGAGUUUAUCCAUGAGUUUCAACAACUAGGUCACAUGAAGGAGGUAAUGAGUCAAACCGAUGAGCAUCCCGUAUUCUACCUUCCACACCACGCAGUUUUGAAGCCAGACAGCACAACGACCAAACUCCGAGUCGUGUUCGAUGCCUCUUGUAAGUCGUCAUCCGGAGUUUCACUGAAUGACGCAUUAAUGGUUGGCCCUGUAGUUCAAGAAGAUCUUUUAUCGAUCAUUAUCCGUUUCCGUCUUCAUCCAGUCGCUAUCGUCGCCGAUAUUGAAAAAAUGUACCGGAUGAUAAAGGUGCAACCAUUCGAUCAACAUCUUCAACGCAUAUUAUGGAGGGAUUCAGUCAACGAACCAGUACGUGUGUUUGAGUUAACGACGGUUACAUAUGGUACAGCAUCCGCUCCUUAUCUGGCGACCAAAUGCUUGCAGCGGUUGACCGAAGAUGGGUUGCAAUCAUUUCCCCGCGCUGCUUGUGCACUGAAGAAAGAUUUCUAUGUCGACGAUAUGCUAACUGGAGCAGAUAACAUCGAAGACGGUAAGCAGUUGACGAAGGAGAUGAUCGAGUUAACGAAUUCAGGGGGGUUCACAUUGCGGAAAUGGGCUUCCAAUUGUCCCACGCUUCUGGCUGAUUUACCACCCUCAUUAUUGGAUGACCGUGUGACACUUGAGCUGAAUUCUUCGAGUUCCCCAGUCAAAACGCUAGGUUUGUUGUGGCAACCUACCUCCGAUAAAUUCUUAUUUCAUUCGCCGGUCUGGAGCAACAUCACUGUGAUCACUAAACGAACGGUUCUUGCCGAUGCAGCUCGUUUGUUUGAUCCUCUUGGUCUAGUUGGACCAGUUGUUGUCAUAGCAAAAAUCUUUCUCCAAGAAUUGUGGAAACAGCAAUGUGGAUGGGAUGACCCACUGCCGGGUGACAUGCAGUCCUUCUGGCUGGAAUAUAGGAGGAACCUCAUUGCCUUGUCUUCGCUUUCGGUUCCUCGGUGGGUGGCGUUUCGAGCAGAUUUGAUGUCGGUCGAGAUUCAUGGCUUCUGCGACGCAUCAGAGAAGGCUUACGGGGCCUGCCUAUAUUUACGCUGUACGGGUCAAGAUGGCAAGAUAGCUGUUCGAUUGUUAGCAGCAAAGUCCAGGGUCGCGCCACUAGAGGAUUUGAAGCGAAAGAAAAAGGCGCAGACCAUUCCUCGUCUCGAGCUAUCUUCAGCACUACUUCUGAGUCAUCUAUACGACAAGGUUCGUGAUAGCGUUAAAAUACAACAUAGAGCAUACUUCUGGACCGAUUCGACGAUUGUGUUGUACUGGUUAUCGUCACUACCAUCCAGAUGGCAAAUGUUUAUUGCAAAUCGUGUGUCGGAGAUCCAGCAUAUUACUAAGGGAAGUUCAUGGAAUCACGUGUCAGGUGUGGAAAACCCUGCCGACAUCAUUUCGCGUGGGAUGACUCCGGCACAGCUCCAGUAUCAAAGAGUGUGGUUUGAGGGACCGUUAUGGAUGCUCCAAGAUCGCAGUAUUUGGAAGGUAGAUACACCAGUUGAAGAGAUAGACCAUUCAUUGUUGGAGGAAAGGUCCAUUGCACUGCCGACGACGACAGAUUAUCCGAGUGAUAUCUUCACCCUGCGAUCAUCGCUCUCCGACCUCGUUCGUAUUGUGGCACUCAUCCGUCGUUUCAUCCACAACACUCGACAACAACACGGUACCGGAAAUCGCAGAGUCGGAGUCCUUAGUCAUGACGAACACGAACAGUCUAUGUUGGCUCUAGUUCGUCUCUCGCAGAAAGAAUCGUUUGCUGCCGAAAUUACCGCUCUACAAAAAGGAAAACCAGUGUCGUCAUCAUCAGAAAUAGUCCAGAUCCACCCCAUUCUGGUCGAAGGGUUAUUGCGAGUGGGCGGCCGUCUACGUCACGCACCAAUACCGAUAUCUCGAAAGCAUCCAUUCGUCCUCAGUCAACAUCACCCCCUCAGUAAACUCAUUGUAGUACACUAUCAUCUGAAGCAUUUUCACGCGGGCUCGCAGCUCUUGAUUGCUAGCGUUCGAGAAAACAGACCGCGUGUUUUAGAACAGCUAAUGGCUGAUUUACCAUCUGAGCGAGUUACUCCUGCACAUCCGUUUCUGAAGGUAGGCGUCGACUAUUGCGGGCCGUUUCAGGUCAUUUACCCCAUCCGAAGAUCUGCUCCAAGAAAAUACUUCGUCGCGAUUUUUGUGUGUCUUGCGACAAAGGCUGUUCACCUAGAGCUCGUUGGAGACCUAACGAGUGCAGCGUUCCUCGCUGCCUUUAAGAGAUUCGUCGCUCGAAGAGGGAUACCUGCAUUGGUGAUGUGUGACAAUGCUCUCAACUUUGUAGGCGCCAAACGAGAACUUGACGAGUUGGUUCAACUCUUCAAUUCCGAGCAGUUUCAACAAUCCGUAGCACGAGGAGCCCAGCACGACAGAAUAGAUUUUCGGUUCAUCCCUCCAAGAUCACCAAACUUUGGAGGGCUGUGGGAAGCAGCAGUAAAAUCCUUUAAGGGACAUUUCAAGUGCACAAUCGGUAAUCGAGUUCUGCAGCACGACGAGAUGCAAACAGUAGUUGCACAGAUCGAGGCGACUCUCAACUCUCGACCACUAACUCCAAUUAGUAACGACACAUCAGAUUUCGAGGCUCUGACUCCCGGUCACUUCCUGAUCCAGCGACCGUUAACGGCGGUUUCCGAGCCCAGCCUGGAGGAUGUUCCAGAAAAUAGGCUAACUAUUUGGCAGAGGUCGCAAGAUGUCGUUCAACGCAUAUGGAAGAAAUGGUCCACACAGUAUCUAUCCGAUCUUCACAACCGAACAAAAUGGACUCGUCAACGGGACAACAUUUUUGUAGGCACCAUGGUUUUAAUAAAAGACGACAACCUACCUCCAUUAAAAUGGCGACUGGGUCGUGUCUCCAACAUCGUAUCCGGCGCCGACGGCAACAUUCGUGUCGUUGCAAUUCGUACGAAGGACGGUCUAUAUGAGAGAGGGAUCUCUAAAGUGUGCGUGCUUCCGAUUCGAGAUAAUAGAACAUCACCUAGCCCUGAUGAUGAUUAA